AUGUCACAGCUGCCAACACUGGUUUUAGUCCAUGGCUCAUGGCAUCAACCAUCAUGCUAUGACAAAAUCACCAAACUACUACAAGAGCAAUACAAGCUAAAAUGUGUCUGUCCAUCUCUACCUUCAACCAGAGAUAACCCGGCCGCAACCUUCAAAGAUGAUCUGGAUGCUACCCAGAAAGCCAUUGCGGAUGAGGUAAAUCAAGGCCGAGAUGUUAUUGUCGUGGCGCACUCCUAUGGCGGCAUUGUUGGCAGCAGUGCUAUCAAAGGAUUCGCGCCGCCACGAGAUGGCGAUAGCACGUCUGGCCAGUGUCAAUCACCGUCAGUACAUGGACACGUUAUUGGCCUGAUUCUCAUUGCCUCUGGCUUUGCCUUCACCGGACUCUCUUUUAUGGAUCCUUUCCUUGGAAAUCCACCCCCUGGCUGGCGUGUCAAUAAGGAAACUGGCUACGCAGAGAUUGUCACACCUCCCCGCGAACUGUUCUACCACGAUCUACCAGAAGAGGAAGCAGCGUUCUGGGUCUCACAGCUUAAGACUCAGAGUUUGAAAUCGUUGUUCGAAGGUGGCGAACACGUUUAUGCUGGCUGGCAGGAUGUUCCCUCUUGGUAUAUUGGAACGGUCGAAGAUCAUGGGUUACCCGUCUUGGCUCAACGGAUGGCAGUUGGGAUGGCGAGGGAAAUGGGUGCUAACGUCGAGCAUCGAGAACUGCAGACAAGCCAUUCUCCGUUCCUCAGUCAACCAGAGGCCACAGUUGGUAUUAUGAUUCAGGCGAUCGAGGCGUUUUUAGGGAAGCCAGUCGUGGGUGAAUCUGUGCCUCCGGUCCGUGCUGUGGCUACUUUACCAAAGGCUCAACUUUGGAAACCUCUCUCUUGGUUUAAAUUUGGACUGCCACUGGCUUUUGGUCAUUUUGUUGGAAGGAGUAUUCUUCUUUUUGGAUGGGGAAGGAGGACAUGGAGGUCGAUUUUCAGUUCACACUAA